CUCCCACCGCCUCUCUGUGCUCCGUCAUGCGCCCCGGCUUUUAAAAGACUCCCGGCUGCUGCUGGGGGGGCAGCAGAUCUGUUGAUGAGGCUCUGAAAGUCAGAGUUGUGUGUGAGAUCGAGCAGUGAGAGCAGAGAGCAAGCGGAGAGGGGAGGAGAAGGAUACUUUUUCAGGUUACCGGAUCGCGCUACAUUCCAGCCCCAGAGCGCUGCGCUCAGGAGCGGAACCCGGCGCGCUGCGUCUCUCCCGCUCCCAUCGGAUCUCUGCUGUUUGGAAAGCAAUGAUGCGCAGAGGAGAUCACAUUUAUUUAUAUUAGAAACAUUAAAGAAUAGAGGGUUUCUGCUCCUGAGUGGAUCUGGAUUUAUCGACCAUGAGUGCUGGAUGGUGGAUGUUUGCCGGCGCUCUGGUGGGGGUCAUCGCUGUCCCCACAGGGGCACACGGAGCUUGUCUCUACGAGGGAUCGCUCUAUGCGAAUAACACCUCAUGGCGGCCCGAGUCGUGUCAGGAAUGUACCUGCUACAGCAAUGUUUCCAUCUGCAGACCCAUCCACUGCCCAAACCCCCAGUGCAACUUCAAAAGGGGAGAGUUUUUGAGGAUUCCAGCCAACAAAUGCUGUCCAGAGUGCGUCUCGUCAUCCCAGGACUCCUGCCAGUACCAAGGAGCUACCUAUGGACAUAACAGUCAGUGGAGUGUCUCGCCCUGUUCGGUAUGCGUUUGCUCCAAAGGUGGUGUAUCCUGCCAUACUCGGCCCUGCCCCAAUGUCACCUGUUUGGGGGAUGAGAAACCAUUCAUUCCAACUGGAGAUUGCUGCCCCAAGUGUGGCCGAAAUGGAGAGCCCUGCUCUUGGCAGGGGGUGGUCUACAAGGACGGCGAGGAGUGGGAGCCCAGCAUGUGUUCCAGAUGUGUUUGCAGCAAUGGAAAAGCCCAGUGUUCAGUGGUGGAGUGUCAGCCAGUGGCCUGCAAACCACAUGAAAACCUGGUGAUCCAGCCAGGCCAAUGCUGUCCCAGAUGUGUGUCCAACCCAUGUCUCUCUGCUGGAACACAGUACCAGCACGGGGAGCAGUGGCAGAAGGACGCCUGCACCACAUGUGUGUGCGACAAGGGUCAGUCGAAAUGCCACACAACCACCUGUCAGCCAGUCCUCUGUGACAAGGGUCUGACUAAAGUGAGGCGGGCUGGUCAGUGUUGUGAGGAAUGUGCUCCUGCCAAAGGAAGCUGUCUUUACCAAGAUACAAUUCGUUACCAUGGAGACAUGUGGAAUGGCACUGGAUGCGAGUUCUGCACCUGUAACCGAGGUCAAGUCGUCUGUCUGAGGGCAGAAUGUGGUCGUGUUGAAUGCCCACAGGAUUCAGAGCUUGUUCAUCUGCCAGGAAAGUGCUGUCCUGAAUGUUCGUCAGUGAAACCCUCCUGCCUCUAUGAGGGGAAAUCUUUCAAGAAUGGAGCCCGUUGGACUGAUGGCAGCUGCCGUGAGUGUGAAUGCCACGAUGCCCAGGUGACUUGUUAUCUUCGUUCCUGCCCCGGUUGCCCAUCAGGAACCCUGGCUGUUAUAAACGAAGGCCAAUGCUGCCCCGAGUGUCAACAGGCCUGCCCAGAAUCUUGUGCCACCUGUUCUAGCAGAUGGGACUGCCAGUCCUGUGGCUCCCGACUGCCUUUUCUGGGCCCUGACAGAAACCAGUGCCUGGGUUCAUGUCCCCCUGGUUCCUACCAACACGACCACGGACGCUGUCGCAGGUGUCACGGGUCUUGUUCUGAAUGCCGUGGACUGACUGAACAGGACUGCUUAUCAUGUUCUGAUCCAGCUGCUUUGCUCAAAGACGGAGUGUGUGUCUCUGACUGCGGUGCAGGAUACUACAACCAGGAGGGAGUCUGUUACGCUUGUGAUUCAUCCUGCGCCUCCUGUUUCCCUGACAACCCCAAAUGCAUGAGCUGCCCCGUCGGGACUGCUUUACAUCAUGGGAAGUGUAUUACUCAGUGUCCAACUCAGCAUUACAUGGACAACCACAGCAGAUGCAGAGCCUGUCACAGCUCAUGUGCUUCAUGCUGGGGUCACUCAGUUUCCCAGUGUAUCUCCUGCCCGUCUGGACUUCUGCUCCACCAGGGCCAGUGUGUGGAGUCCUGUGGGGAGGGUCUGUACCCUCAGGACAACACCUGCCACAACUGCCAUCCCUCCUGCCGUUCCUGUGUGGGACCUCUGGCCUCAGACUGCCUUGGCUGCCUUAAACCAGAGGAAGUUCUUCUGCCGCAGUAUGUUCACCUCCAACAUGGCGUCUGCACAGCUGGAUGUCCUGAACACAGCUUUGUGGACCACUUGCAGACUUGCAGAGAUUGUCAUCCCUCUUGCCAGCGCUGUACUGGUCCAUCUGCAGAAAACUGCUCGUCCUGUUCCUUCCCAUUUAGCCUGUUUGAGGGUCAGUGUGUUUCCACAUGCCCACAGGGCCUCUUCAGCCGGUACAACCAAUGCCAAGCAUGUCAUCCAUCCUGCCUGGCCUGCUCCGGCCCCUCCCAAGCCGACUGCAUCUCCUGUCCCCCAGGGGCCUCCCUGCAGAGCGGCUACUGCACGACAGGCUGCCAGGAGGGCCGUUUCCUCAGCGCCUUCAGUGGAGAGUGUCUCAAGUGCAGCAAUGACUGUCAGCGCUGCACGGCGGAUCUCCAGAACGGCAUCGGCAGUGUCUGUUUGUGGUGCAAAGCAAAGAGGACCUGGCUGCUCGGUGAUCACUGCGUCCCUAGCUGUCCCCCCGAUCAUUAUCAACGGCAUGGAGCCUGCAUCAAAUGCCAUCCGUCAUGUGAGUCCUGCAGCGGAGAGGGCCAUAUGUCCUGUACUUCCUGCCCUCCUAACAGCGUUCUGCUGCCCUCUGGUCUCUGUGCUGCCAAAUGUCCCUUUGGUUACUAUGACAAUGGCCAUCGGAUCUGCCAGUCCUGUGACCAACAGUGCCUGACAUGUGACACUACUGGGGUUUGUACAUCCUGCCGUGACCCGACCAAGGUGCUGCUCUUUGGAGAAUGCCAAUACGACAGCUGUGCACAUCAGUACUACCUAAAUGUGACGACCCGCGCCUGCAGAGAGUGCGAUUGGAGCUGCAACGCCUGCAAAGGCCCACUAAGAAGCGACUGCCUCCAGUGCAUGGAGGGAUACGUGCUGCAGGAUGGAUUGUGCACUCAGGGGUGCUCCCGCGGAUUUUACCAGGAUGGAGACAGAUGCCUCGGCUGCGACGAUCACUGUAUGAAGUGUGACAGGCCUGGAAACUGCCUGGAAUGCCAGCCUCCCUACGCCACUCUGCAGGGACAAUGUGUCCUCGAAUGUGGCAGAAAUUAUUUCCUGGACUCCUCCUCUAAAGUCUGCAAGUCUUGCUCAUCGGAUUGCGUCCAGUGUGACGGGGUGGGACGCUGCUUAAUGUGUCGUGAUCAGACAUUCCUUAUGGAAGGAUACUGCACCCCCGACUGUGGACAUGGAUACUAUGCUGAUCAGAAGACGAGAGCCUGCCACGUGAACCACCACACCCCUGUGCUCCACAUCAACGGCUCCCUGCUGGUUCCCAUCGGCGGCUCUGCUCCUCUGCUGCCCUCUCUGCUGGAGGUGAGGGAUCCAGACAGUCCCUCUGAGAGGAUGGUCUUUCAGAUUGUUCAGACACCGAAAAAUGGACAGUUGGUCCUUUUAAUGGAGGAGGAAGCAGGAGAAAACGGAGGAAAAACGAGGCGAGAUCUGAACAGAGAAGAUACCUUCACAUGGGUACAGUUAAAGCUUGGCCGAGUUCACUUCAAGCACCUGAAAAACAAAGCCAGGACUGGUGAGUUUAUCUUACGUGUUGCAGACCCCCAGAUGUUUUCCCAACCAGCUACAGUUCAACUUCAGGCCGUAUCCAUGCAGCCCCCAAAAGUGGUGACCCUGGCUUCGUUAACCUUAGACGGCCGCGGCAGCCCGGCCACCAUCACCAAGUCUGUGCUGCAGGUCGAUGACCCUGACAAUCCUGCAGAUGUUCUAGUCAUAGUCCUCGAACCACCCCGUCAUGGCCGUUUGACCCGUCUCCAUGGCGACCGCGCUCUGGGCAGAUUCAAGCUGGAGGAACUGGCGAGGGAGCAGAUUCAGUACGUCCACGAUGGUUCAGCAGUGCUGGAGGACAGCGCCGUGCUGCAGGUGAACGACGGCCACAGCUACAGGAACAUUCUGCUCCAGGUCCGGAUAAUUCAGAGGCCUCAGGAUUCUCCUCAUCUGGUGUCUCUACCGAUGACUUGGGUCAAGGAAGGGGGGAUGGUGCGGCUCGAUAAGAAGUAUCUGCAGACAAACUUUAAAGGAGUUGGCACUGACGACAUCGUCUACAACAUCCUCUCCUCAGAAGGACAACCAAAAUAUGGGGAAGUGGUGCUCUUGUCCAUGCCAGCUGACAGCCCACCUGAAGGAUGGGACCCCUCCCAUAUCGACAAUCAGCGCUAUACACCGACCGCUUCUUUCACCCAGGAGGAUGUGAACGAUGGCACAGUCUGGUACCGCCACUUUGGAUCGAGCUACGACACAGACUCCUUCUCGUUCCAGGUUUCCUCGGAUGUUUCCCCUCUCAUACAGAGCGAUGCUCAGACUUUCACUAUUGGAGUUUUACCUCAGAUCCCAGGAUUUCCACAACUGGCCCCCGACUGUGACCUGCAGAUCACAGCUCUGGAUGAUCAGGUAACAGAAAUAACACCUUCAGCCCUCUCCUUCAUCGAUGCUGGGACUCCCAGCGAGAAGCUCAUUUAUAACAUCACCAAACCACUUCUGCCCGGACAAGGGGUCAUCGAACAUCGAGACAGGCCGCUCCAAGCCGUGAAACAUUUCACGCAGGCUGACGUCAACAACGGAAAAAUCAUCUACAGACCCCCGCCUGCUCCGUCACACCUCCAGGAACUCUACCAGUACUCCUUUACUGGCCUCCCGGAGUCUCUAAGUGUUUAUUUUACAGUCUCGGACGGCGAACACACCACUCCUGAGCUGGACUUUGUCAUCCUGUUGCUGUCCAAUCACCAGCAGCCGCCAGUCUUUCAGGUCCUGGACCCGCUGCUGGAAGUCAAAUUGGGGGGACAAGCUACCCUCGGAGGCCAGCUGUUGGCGGUGAGCGAUGUGGACACGGAUCCAGAUGACCUGGAGUUUGAGCUGGUUGACGCUCCCAUCCACGGAGAGUUGAUUAGGACUGAUACCAACAUCCGCAUGAUUAACGGCGACACAUUCACCUUCAGUGACAUCACCCGCAAAGUCCUCCUCUACCGGCACGCUGGCCUCUCCAACCAGGAUGACGCCAUGUCCUUCUCGGUCAGCGACGGGAUCUCCAUGGCAACCACAGUGGUGCAGGUGACGGUGCUGAGCAGCGUGAGCGAAGAGAGCGAUGGGCCGCGACGAGACCCGGCAGCUACACUGUCGCUGGAAGUGGGCGAGAAAAGCAGCACGGUCAUCAGACGCUCACACAUAGCCUACAUUGACAGCACAUCCCCUGAUGAUCAGAUCCACAUCGAGUUGGUGUCUGUGCCCAUGUACGGCAUCCUGACCAGGACCUAUUCCCAGCAGGAGCCUCAGGAGCUGAGGGAGUAUUCAUCCUUCACCCAGGAAGACGUCAACCUGCACAGGAUCAGGUACACCACCUCACUAGAGACAGGAAGUCAGCCGGUCACAGACAUCUUCCAUUUUGUUGUCCAUGACGAAGACAGCAACCGCCUUGACAACCAGAUAUGCACAAUUACCAUCACCUCCAUGCCCAGACAGCCGCCAGUGGUCACCGUGCAAGGAGGCAUCAAGGUCCAGGAAGGCGGCCGUGUGCUGCUGUCCACCAAUCACAUCACAGUAUCGGACGUGGAGACGCCUGCAGCGGAUCUGCAGAUCUGGCUCGUCAGCCCUCCCAAAUACGGCUACAUUGAAAACACAAAGAGAGGCGGCUCAGUCGGGGGUUCACACAUUGUUGCUCCAAAUGUUCCUUUUUCUGUGGAGGACCUGGUGUCUGAUCACAUCUUCUACGUCCAGAACCAUCAGAAACCUCAGGCCAACAGGGAUGUUUUCAGCUUAUACAUCAGUGACGGAUACAGCCAGACGGAAGCAUUCACUGUGGAGAUCGAGAUCCAGAGUAAAGCCGAACCAGAGCUGACGGUUUCAGUGAGCAGCAUCCAUGUGGAGGAAAACUCCGGAGUCGUCAUCACCAACUCGUCUCUCAGUGUCUUCGACGAAGACACACCGGAAAAUGAAUUAUUAUUUACCAUCAUCCGGAUUCCCGCCUACGGUAAACUGCGUCGGCGGCAAUUCUACUCCCAGCCUCUGGAAAACGGACGCAUCCUCACACAGGGCUCCACCUUCACCUACCAGGACGUCCUGGACCAGCUGCUGGUCUACACACCUGAAACUGUCAACGGGGGAGCUGAUGAAAUGGGCUUCACCGUCACCGAUGGCAUCAAGACCCAGACGGGCCUCCUGCAGUUCACCAUGGAUGUCAGGAAGAGUGAGGGACCUCGAAUGACCGUCAACAGAGGCCUGCAGCUUCCAGCAGGAUCCUUGUCUAAAAUCACAGAGCAGAAUCUGAAGGCUACAGACAUCGACUCGGACAACAUGAAGCUGCGCUACAUCCUGACCAAAGACCCUCCAGUGGGCAAGCUGCAGCUGGGCAGGAGCAGCCAUGUGGAGAAGGUUUCUACCAAAGGUCCUGUUCAGAGUUUCACUCAGGAGGACGUCAACAAAGGCCUGCUGCAGUACAGCCAUGAGAAAGGGGAGAAAGGAGGGAUCCUGUCUUUCAAGUUCAACCUGGUCGAUCCGGAGGGCAGCAAACUGAUCGACCAGUCCUUCUUCAUCAGCGUUCUGGAGGAUCAUCUUCCUCCUUCUGUGGUGGUAAACAAAGGCCUGGCGCUGGAUGAGAACUCUGUGAAGAAGCUGACCACGCUGCAGCUGUCGUCCAGCGACCAGGACAGCGAACCGGGCGAGCUCGUCUACCGGAUCACCAAGCAGACCACCCUGGGGCAGCUCGAACAUGUUACCAAUCCAGGUACCAGAAUCAGUUCUUUCACUCAGGCGGAUCUGGCAUCACGCAGCAUCCAGUAUGUGCACACCAGUGAAGAAGAAAAACACGCCGACCAGUUCUCCUUUACUGUGUCCGACGGCACUAAUGAGGUUGCUCAGACCUUUUACAUCACCAUAAAACCAGUGGACGACUCACUGCCGCUGCUCCAGGUCCCCGGCAUGAGAGUCCAAGAAGGUGUGAGGAAGACCAUCACUGAAUUUGAACUCAAAGCCACUGAUGAAGAUACAGAGCCCGAGUACAUAAUCUUCACCGUCGUGCAGCCUCCUCGCCACGGGACCAUCGAACGCACUAGCAAUGGCCAGCACUACCGGCAGACCAGUACAUUCACCAUGGAGGAUAUCUACCAGAACCGCAUCAGCUACAACCACGACGGCUCCAACUCGCUCAAAGACCGUUUCACCUUCACCGUGGCGGACGGAACCAAUGACUUUUUCAUGGUGGAGGAAGCAAACAAGGAGGUUGUAACGGCUGCUCCUCAGAAGUUUAAGAUCGACAUUCUUCCGGUUGAUGAUGGAACGCCACGGAUCGUCACCAAUUUGGGACUGCAGUGGCUGGAAUACAUGGAAAACAAGGCCACCAAUCUAAUUACAAAGAAGGAGCUGCUGACGAGGGAUCCAGACACUGACGACGGACAGCUGGUGUAUGAAAUCACGGCGGAGCCGAAGCACGGAUUCCUGGAGAGCAAGCUCAAACCUGGAAACCCUGUCACUACGUUCACACAAGCUGAUAUCAACCUGGGUCUGAUCCGCUACGUGCUGCAUCAGGAAAACAUCCAGGAGACCAUGGAUAACUUCAAAUUCCUGGUCAAAGACAGCAAACCAAAUGUGGUCAGCGACAACGUCUUUCAUAUUCAGUGGUCUCUGAUCAGCUUUGAGCACAAGAGUUACAACGUGAGCGAAAAGGGAGGGACUGUAGCUGUCACUGUGAAGCGAACCGGUAACCUCAAUCAGUACUCCAUCGUCCUCUGUCGCACUGAGCAAGGCAGCGCUGUUUCCACCAGCAGCACUGGGACUCACCCUGGCCAGCAGGACUACGUUGAAUAUGCUGGACAGGUCCAGUUCGACGAGCGCGAGGACUCCAAGGUAUGCACCAUAGUGAUCAACGACGACAAGGUGUUUGAAGGGAUCGAAAGCUUCAACGUGGAGCUGAGCAUGCCUGUGUAUGCGCUGCUGGGUGAAAACACACGCGCUGUGGUCAACAUCAACGACACGGAGGACGAGCCGACUCUGCAGUUUGACAAGAAGACGUACCACAUCAAUGAAAGCACUGGCUUCUUCAGCGCCCCCAUCGAGAGGAAAGGCGACUCCUCCAGCACCGUGUCUGCUCUCUGCUACACCGUGGCCAAAUCUGCUAAGGGCAGCAGCCUCCACGCUCUGGAGUCCGGCUCCGACUACAAGAGCCGUGGAAUGAGCAGCGACAGCCGCGUCAUCUUUGGCCCCGGCGUCAGCAUGUCCACCUGUGACGUUAAGCUCAUCGACGACAGCGAGUACGAGCUCUCAGAGGAGUUUGAGCUGGUGCUGUCGGAUGCUUCUGACAAUGCCCGCUUGGGAGACGUGUCGUCAGCCAAGGUUGUUAUCGACGGGCCCAACGAUGCAUCGACUGUGACGCUUGGAAAUGCGACCUUUACCUUCAGCGAAGAUGUUGGAACCAUAGAGAUACCCGUGUGGCGUCAGGGAAGCGACCUGACUUCUGUGACGUCCGUUUGGUGUGCUACCAGACCUUCAGACCCCCCCUCAGCCAGUCCAGGCGUUGAUUACAUCCCCAGCUCCAAGAAGGUGGAGUUCAAACCUGGAAAAACCGAGGAGACCUGCAGUUUGACCAUCAUGGAUGACAUUCAGAAUCCAUCCAUCGAAGGACCCGAGUCGUUUGUUAUCUUCCUCAGUUCUCCACAGGGGGCAGUCCUGCAGGAACCCUAUGAGGCCAAUAUUGUCAUCACUGACACCUUCCAGGACAUUCCUACCAUGCAGUUUGAGAAAACCUCCUAUACUGUUAAGGAGAAGGACACGGUACUUCACCUCCCAGUCAUCCGGACUGGAGACCUUUCCUUCAAGUCAUCAGUGCGGUGUUUCACUCGAACCAUGUCUGCCAUGGUGAUGGAUGACUUUGUGGAAAGAAGGAACGCUGAUGAAUCCCAGAUCACUUUCCUCAAAGGCGAGAAGGUGAAGAACUGCACAGUUCACAUCAACGACGACUCUGUUUUUGAGCCUGAGGAGGAAUUCCAGCUGCAUCUUGGUACACCGCAGGGUGACCAUUGGAGCGGUGCGAUGGUUGGAGUUAAUGACAUUGUGACAGUCACCAUAACCAAUGAUGAAGAUGCUCCCACCAUUGAGUUUGAACAGGCUUCCUACCAGGUCAGAGAACCUCCUGGUCCAGACGGUGUUGAGGCGCUCAACAUCAAGGUGAAUCGCCGUGGAGACCUAGACAGAACCUCCAAGAUCCGCUGCAGCACCAGGGACGGAUCGGCCCAGUCUGGAGUGGAUUAUAAUCCCAAGAGUCAGGUCCUAAAAUUCACCCCAGGCAUGGACCACAUCAUGUUCAAGGUAGAGAUCCUGUCUAAUGAAGACAGAGAGUGGCAUGAAUCCUUCUCCCUGGUUCUUGGUCCUGAUGAUCCGGUGGAGGCUGUGCUCGGUGAGAUCACCACGGCAACAGUGACUAUCCUGGAUCAGGAGGCUGCAGGCAGUCUCAUCCUCCCGGCACCACCGAUAGUGGUCUCUCUGGCUGACUAUGAUCAUGUCCAGGAGGUGACCAAGGAAGGCAGUAAGAAAACUCCCUCUCCUGGCUACCCUCUGGUCUGCGUGACUCCCUGUGACCCCCACUACCCAAAGUACUCCGUAAUGAAGGGGCACUGCGAUGAGGCGGGAAUCAACCAAACCCAGGUGCACUUUUCCUGGGAGGUGGCAGCACCAACGGACUCAAGUGGAGCUCGUUCCCCGUUCGAGACAGUGACGGACACCACCCCCUACACCAGCGUCAACCACAUGGUUCUGGACAGCAUCUACUUCAGCCGUCGCUUCCACGUUCGGUGCGUGGCUCAGGCCCGGGAUAAAGCCGGCCACCUCGGCACGCCACUUAGAAGCAACAUCAUCACCAUCGGCACAGACGGCUCCAUCUGCCACACCCCUGUUACCACGGGAACCGCCAGAGGCUUCCAGGCCCAGUCGUUUAUUGCUACGCUUAAAUACCUGGAUGUCAAACACAAAGAGCACCCCAACCGCAUCCAUAUCUCAGUGCAGAUCCCACACCAGGACGGCAUGCUCCCUCUGGUGUCCACCAUGCCGCUGCACAACCUGCACUUCCUGCUCUCAGAGUCCAUCUACAGGCAGCAGCAUGUCUGCUCCAACCUGGUCACCAUCAAAGAGCUGCAGGGGCUUUCUGAGUCUGGCUUCCUGGACGACGUAUCCUACGACAGCAUCUCGCUGGGUCCAGGCUAUGACCGGCCAUAUCAGUUUAACCCCAACGUCCGUGAGGCCAAGAGCAUCCAGCUGUACAAACACCUGAACCUGAAGAGCUGCAUCUGGACCUUUGACGCCUACUACGACAUGACCGAACUCAUCGACAUCUGCGGGGGCUCGGUCACUGCUGAUUUCCAGGUUCGGGACUCGGCUCAGUCCUUCUUGACUGUACAGGUUCCUCUCUACGUGUCCUACAUCUACGUGACGGCCCCCAGAGGCUGGGCAUCUCUGGAGCAUCACACUGAGAUGGAGUUCUCCUUCUUCUAUGACACGGUGCUCUGGAGGACAGGCAUCCAGACAGACAGCGUCCUAUCUGCCAGGCUGCAGAUCAUCAGGAUCUUUAUCAGAGAGGAUGGACGCCUCGUGAUUGAGUUUAAAACUCACGCCAAAUUCAGAGGCCAGUUCGUUCUGGAUCACCACACUCUCCCGGGCCACAAGUCCCGUCUGAUGGCACCCGACCACCUGGGAGGCAUCGAAUUUGACAUGCAGCUUCUGUGGAGCGCUCAGACUUUCGACUCGCCGUAUCAGCUUUGGAGGGCCACCAGCUCCUACAGCAGGAAGGACUACUCUGGGGAAUACACCGUGUUUUUGGUCCCGUGCACCGUGCAGCCAACGCAACCCUGGAUCGACCCCGGAGAUAAACCUCUGUCCUGCACGGCUCACGCUCCAGAGAAGUUCCUCGUUCCGAUCGCCUUCCAGCAGACCAACCGGCCCGUUCCGGUCGUUUAUUCCCUCAACACGGAGUUCCAGCUGUGCAACAAUGAGAAGGUUUUCCUGCUGGAUCCAGCCACCGCCGACAUCUCCAUGGCUGAGAUGGACUACAAGGGAGCCUUCUCCAUGGGUCAGACUCUGUACGGCAGAGUGCUGUGGAAUCCGGAGCAGAACCUGAACGCGGCUUAUAAACUGCAGCUGGAGAAGGUUUACCUUUGCACCGGCAGGGACGGCUACGUUCCCUUCUUCGAUCCAACAGGGACUCUUUAUAACGAGGGGCCGCAGUACGGCUGCAUCCAGCCAAACAAACAUCUCAAACACCGAUUCCUGCUGCUGGAUCGUAAACAGCCGGACGUAUGUGACAAGUUUUUUCAUGACGUUCCCUUCGAGGCUGAUUUUGCCUCGGACGUCCCAGAGCUGCAGGCCAUGGCGGCGAUGCCUGGUGUUGAUGGCUUCACUAUGAAGGUGGACGCUCUUUACAAAGUGGAGGCGGGCCACCAGUGGUACCUGCAGGUGAUCUAUGUGAUCGGCCCAGAGUCGCGCUCCAGCCCCAGGAUUCAGCGCUCAGUGACCUAUCAGCUGCACCGACCCAAACGAGACGUGGUGGACCGUAACGGCCGGCUGACGCUCGACGAAUCACUAAUCUACGACAACGAGGGCGACCAGGUGAAGAACGGCACCAACAUGAAGUCGCUUCGCCUGGAGGUCGGCCCGUCAGCCACAUUCAACGCCCAUGUGGGCGGCUCUGUGGGCGGGGGGGUGGCGGCUAUCACCCUGCUGGUCUUGGCGCUGCUGGCCUCCUGCUUCCUGUUCCGCCGCUGCAGAAGGUCGGCCAAAAAGGUGACGAAGGUCCCGAAAACCUGCGAGGAGUAUCCGCUCAACACCAAGGUGGAGGUGUGCAUGGACAAGUGCAUGGAGAAGAACUUCAGCACCAAGCAGUGCACGGUGAGGAACGUCAACAUCAACCGCAGCCAAGAGGCCAACGGCAAAGUGAAACAGGUCAACCUGGAAGUGAAACUCCACAACAACCUCAGCGACGGCACUGAGGUCUGAAGCACUGACGAAGGACUAAUCGGUGAAAAGAGAAUCAAAAUAUCUUAUUUUCUAAAAUAGGAUUCGUACUUAAAGAACAGAGAUGUUUUUGUUUAUGUAUUUUUAUACCACAGUGAAAAAGGGAAGAGUGUGACGUGCAGGCGACUGGGCAAACUCAGGAAUCCACAAACUGCUCAGCUGCAUGGUCUUCAUCUUUAUUUCUGUUCUCUUCUAAAUCCAUAUUGGUUUCACAUCCAUCGAGGUGAACAGUAGCUCCACACUGGUGAUUUUUAUCUUCUGCAUAGUUACAUCACACUGAUAUAAACGUCACUCUGCUGUAUGAAGAAGCAGGCAGGAAAAUACCUUCUGCUUUGCUGCAUCUUCACUUCAUCCAUCACGCAACUAGUCCUGCAAUAUAAGAAUCACUAAAACAACUCCUGCAUCUGCUGAAGCGGCUUGAAUAUAAGGCACAAAGGAACGUGCUGGUGUCUGUCGCAGGCUACGCGAGUGCUGAUAACUUAAAAACGAAUGAAACCUUUAAGUGCGAUUAUGUCACAACCUUAGUUACUCCCUUCUUCACGAGAAAGAGCUUUGACUUCUUUCAUUAAAUGUGUUUUAAGCCUUAUUUACACCUCCUUUACUCUAGAUCACCAAAACACACCUAGAUCUAUACAUAUCAUGCCCCGCACAUCAAAUAUCUCUGUUAGGAGCCCUCAGUGUUCUAAGUAAGACCGCAUCAAGACCUCAUUAUGACCUUUCCAAACCCUACCUAUUUUUGCAACAAUCUUCAGACCAUAAGCUUCAAUUAGUUUCUUAACUUGGUUACAGCGAGCCAACUGUGUUUUUAUAAUUUUUUAGGGUUUUUACGGCACAAGUUGUUCAUUUUCUGUAGGUAGAAGAGGGGGUGAGAGACAUGCAGCGAAGGACCACAGGUCAGAUUCGAACCCAAGUCGGUUGAGGACUAAGGCCUCCAUACGUGGUUCGCAUGCUCCUACCACUGCGUCACCGAAGCACCCCAUGUGUGUUCUUAUUAAAACAACAUCAAGACCUUUUACCUUUGCUUAUUGUGCUCUGUCUUGCCAUUGGGGACGCUUGUGUCCCUAAUAAAGCCGGGCAUACACUGUACGAUAUUUUCAAUCGUUGCAUUCAGCUUUAGCUCAAACUGUGUGGCAAGCCACAGGGUUUAAAGGUUCACAGCUUACGAUGUACAUUCUUGCACUGUACGGACCGACGCUCUAAUGCGAUCUAUCCUGCUCAUACUGUACGUCAAUCUGGAGGAAGUAGAAACCGAACUCCCCUGUUUGGACAUGCGUAGUGCGUGAAGUUCUGGUAAAUCGGCUCGUAGACGCCCGUAGCUCUGCCUCAACAGCAGGAUUUGUCCAUGAACACCUUACAACGGCCGAUAUCAAAGAUGUUUGAUUUUCUCCCGACCUUAUGAUUCCUGAUCGGGAGUUGGUCGUGAGAGGCUAAUGUCCAUCAUUACCCCCUGUAUAUUACAUGACGCAGGACGCACGAUGAGGCUGAAACUCGGCACAAUCCAAAAAAUUCUCGCACAACUGGAAAAUCUGCCCAGAAAAGGGCAAAAAUUCGUACAGUGCAUACCUGCCAUAAGACAGUAUCAAUACUUCAACAAGACUCUGCUUCCGUCUCUGCCACUUGCAUUGUGUUAUAUCCAGGUAAUAAAUCCUCUGUGAUCCAUUGGUCAUGCCUCUUCAACCUCUAACUUGAUGCUCUUUGUGCUCCCAUUAUCACCUGGUCAGGAUCUUGCAGGUUUCUUUGUUUUACGUUGGGGGGGGUCUUCAUUCAGUGUUAAAGUGGGGGUUUAAACAUCUGUAUUUACUGCCAUUUUGACGUUUUUCUCCUAUGCCCAUACCUGUACUGUAUUCACACAGCUGCCAGUUUUUAAGUGCCAUGCAGUAUUUUGUUCUUACGUGACUGAAAACAGGUCAUCCAAAGUAUUUCGACUGAAGAGCGUAGGAGUGUUUAUUUCCAUGUGAUUGUUCCAAAUCCAUCCACCUGACUGACAGCUUCAGCCUUACUACCUUUUGAGUGAAAAGAAACGCUUUUUAAACAUGUAUUUUAUAUGAUUGGUGUCUCUGCCUGCAUUUGUUCGACCCAAAGACUCAUGGUUCAGCAUCUCAGUUACUUUUGAUUCAUUUAUGCAUCACUGAAUUACUCUUGUCUGAUGUGUUAUAUCACAGCCCAGCUACUGAUGUUAUGUUUUAAAGUGUUUGACACUGGUUUGUUUGUGAAAUAUAUGUAUUUUUUUUCUUAAAAUAAGUGUAUGUUACCUUGUUUUUGCAGUUAAGUAACACACCUUACCAACGGAAUAAGAUGAUUUACGUUUAAAAUAAGAAAAAGCAGCCCCUUCAUCUUAUUUAAAGGGUUUAAUGUGUAAUUAUCUUAUUUUAAGGCCAGAAAUACUCAUUCCAUUGGCAGAAAAUGUUGUUUACCUGCUCAAAUUAAAGACAAGUACACUUAUUUUAAGAAUUACCGGUAUGUACUUAUUUUAAGAUCAGUUUUUGUGAUUUAUUUUUCUGCUCUCACCAUUUCUUUUUUUAACAUGUGUGCCUAUUAAACAUGAACAUGGGGGAAUUUUGGGGGAAAUAUAUUUUUGGUGCUAUAACAUUUGGAGAACACAGUAAUAUUAGUAUGAUGCCUGUAUUUGGUGCCUUUUUUUUACUAAUAAAA